UGCAUGUUUUGACAGGUAUUGAAAGUGGUGAAGAAGAGAAAAUAUACAUCAGUAACCGUCAACAAUUGAGGACUUGACCACACCAUCAAGUGAGCUGUGACAGUGUGCUUCAACAAGAGAAAGUCGAACAAUCUGACACGAAUGAGUGACUUUAAAUAUGGACAUUUAGUAAACAUGUUGUGUAAAGAAAUUAAUUAAAGAACCUGUGCCCUUUGGAAGUGUACUGGGAGAAAGUUGAUAUAGCUUCCCAGACUAGACGGACAUAUAUUGUGAAUUGGUGACCGUGUUUAAUUUUUAUGCGUGAAGCUCUAUAAGUAAAAUGGCUUCCUUAACAUCACAUGUCGAUAUUGAAGGUAUGACAUGCCAGUCAUGUGUACAGAACAUAGAAGGAGUUGUGAGUGGACUUCCUGGGGUACAGUCCAUUAAAGUCGACCUGGCAGCAAAACAGGGAACAGUAGUACACUUCCCCCAAGGAUACGGGGGAACAAAUAGCUGAAAGGAUCGAUGAUAUGGGAUUUGAAGCUAAACUUGCUGAGGGAAAAGAAGCACAAGUGAGAAUUGACAGAAACCAUUUGAUUCUGGACAGUUCUAUGGAAGGCACUCCAGGGACCUCAGACAGUAAUAUCAGAGUGGCCAAUCUACUGGGAGAACCCAUCAAUUGUGCCCAGGAGACCAGCUGAUUCAGAUCUCCGUUAAAGGCAUGACAUGUAAUUCUUGUGUGAAGAAUAUUGAGGGUCACAUCGGAAAGCUGGAAGGUGUACGUUCCAUAAAAGUUUCUUUGGAGGAGGAAGUUGCCACGCUUAUCAUAGACCCCACCUUCAUAUCUCCAGAAACUGCAAGAUUGGCCAUAGAUGACAUGGGGUUUGAAGCUUCACUUAUUGAGAGUGAUAUAGCACUUGUGACAUUGGGCAUUGAAGGCAUGACAUGCAUGUCAUGUGUGCAAAGUGAACAUAGAAUCAACAGUUGGAGCAAAACCUGGUGUAUUAUCAGUAAAGGUGAAUUUAGAGGAGAAAAAGGGAACCAUAUCAUACAAUCCCAGAACAACAAAUCCUCAGCAGUUACAGGAACACAUAGAAGAUAUGGGCUUUGAGGCAACAUCUCAGGACAUGUCAUGUCUGAAUGUUCAAAACAGGCAGAUGUGUGUGUUAUAUCUAUACAGGGAAUGACGUGUAACUCCUGUGUACGAAAUAUUGAAGGCACUAUAGGAGGAAAGACUGGUAUUAAAAGUGUAAAGGUUAAUUUAGAAAAAGCAGAAGGAACAUUUAACUUCAACCCUGAUGUUGUGAGUGCCGAUCUGAUAGCAGGAAUGAUUGAUGAUAUGGGUUUUGAGGCCUCGGUAAAGACUGCAAACUCCAUGAACAAACAGCCCAUACUUAAUGGUAAUGUGAAAUCAUCAAGCAUAUCUCGAGAGGAAAGUGUCAGCAGUUCGUGGCAGGAAAAUGUUGCCUUUGAAGGAGAUGAAACGGACUUGGAAAAGUGUUUUCUCCGAAUCACUGGCAUGACUUGUGCCUCCUGUGUGGCAGCUAUUGAGAAGCAUGCCAAGAAGGUACAAGGAGUCCACAGUAUUCUUGUAGCACUUAUGGCAGCUAAGGCAGAAGUACGCUAUGAUGCAACCCUUGUGAUGCCACAGCAAAUAGCAUCCAGCAUCACUGACCUGGGAUUUCCUACCACUGUGCUGGAAGAGGCAGGGUCAGGCCAAGGGGAAGUGGAUGUGGAGAUAUUGGGUAUGACUUGUUCAUCUUGUGUUUAUGCCAUUGAGUCAAAUGUCAGAAAGUUGAAAGGUGUGAAGUCAGCAGUGGUGGCCCUAGCAACUGAACGUGGCAAGUUUCAUUUUGACCCAGCUGUCACAGGCCCUCGGGAUAUAAUUGAUUGCAUUCAUAGUCUUGGCUUCAAUGCAACACUGUAUACAAGUGGUGUAAAUAAAGGCAACUACCUAGACCAUAGAAAAGAGAUUCGUAAAUGGAGAAAUUCGUUCGUUGUCUCUCUUAUCUUCGGUGUACCAGCCAUGUUGGUGAUGGUGUACUUCAUGGCUAUGAUGGAGCACAUGACGCAUGAAGAGAUGUGCUGUGUAUUGCCAGGCCUGUCCCUUGAGAACCUUCUGCUCUUCCUUCUUGCUACUCCAGUUCAGUUCAUUGGAGGGCGGCACUUCUAUAUACAAGCCUUCAAGGCUCUGCGACACAAAACUGCCAAUAUGGAUGUACUUAUCAUGUUGGCAACAACUAUUUCAUAUGUGUACUCCUUGGGUGUGGUAAUUGCAGCCAUGGCUCUACAGCAAAUGGCAAGCCCAAUGACAUUCUUUGACACUCCUCCGAUGUUGUUGGUAUUUGUUUCUCUUGGACGUUGGCUGGAACACAUUGCUAAGGGUAAAACUUCUGAGGCUCUAGCAAAGUUGAUGUCUUUGCAAGCAACAGAAGCAAUGCUAGUGACACUUGAUGAGAACAAAGAGGCUAUAGCUGAAAAGAUCAUUGAUGUUCACCUGAUUCAGAGAGGAGAUAUGCUGAAGGUAAAACCAGGAGAAAAGGUGCCAGUGGAUGGACGUGUUAUUUCUGGUCAAAGCAUGGCAGACGAGUCGCUCAUCACCGGGGAGUCGAUGCCUGUUGCCAAGAAACCUGGCUCGCAUGUCAUUGGUGGAUCCAUCAACCAAAAUGGUCUUCUUCUGAUGAAGGCAACACACAUUGGUAGUGAUACAACACUCUCUCAGAUUGUCAAGUUGGUUGAAGAAGCACAAACAUCAAAGGCCCCCAUCCAACAGCUUGCAGACAAGAUUGCUGGCUACUUUGUGCCAAUGGUCGUCACAGUGUCCACUCUGACACUCGUCUGCUGGGUUAUUGUUGGUUAUAUUGACAUUAACCUUGUUGAUGCAGAUUAUCAAACAAAGCUAGAUGAAGGGUUCACUAAAACUGAAAUAGUACUGGAGUUUGCUUUUCGGUGCGCCAUCACAGUUCUUGCGAUCGCAUGCCCUUGUGCCCUAGGGCUGGCUACCCCAACAGCAGUGAUGGUUGGCACUGGGGUUGGUGCUACUAAUGGCAUUCUCAUCAAGGGAGCUGAACCCCUAGAAAAUGCUCACAAGGUUAGGACCAUUGUGUUUGAUAAGACAGGAACAAUCACCCAUGGCACACCAACUCUAGCCAAACUCUCCCUGUAUGUGGACGAGAAAGUGUGCACACUCGCUCAGUUUCUAGCCAUCGUCGGAGUAGCAGAAAACAACAGUGAACACCCUAUUGCCUCAGCCAUCUCCAAGUUCUGUCGUCAAGCGCUGGGUAACCUGAAUGGUCAGUGUGAAGGCUUCAAGGCAGUGUCUGGCUUUGGUUUGCAGUGUAUUAUUUCUGGCAUAGAUCGCCUCAUCACAGCCGCCGAGUCCUCAGAGAUGUUGCUUAAUGUAAAAAAUCUCACUAUUAAUUACAUCAAUGAAUAUGGACUAACGGAUGUGUUGGAUCAGCCACCACAGAGACGAGAGGACAUGUUUCUCAUUGGGGAUGUUUUGGUUGACUGUUCUCAAGCACCACACGUAUCGGUGGACACAGAAAAUACUCCUCUGUUUUCACCGUCUACAACUAGUAGCAGCAUGAACAAUAAAAAAUGCAAUGAACCCUAUCAGGUGUUUGUAGGUAAUCGAGAUUGGAUGAGCCAGAAUGGAAUAUUUGUUCCAAAAAAUGUGGAUGAACAGAUGACCGAACAAGAAGCAUUGGGCCGCACUGCUGUACUUGCAGCUGUCAAUGGUCAGCUUCUAGGCAUGCUGGCUGUAGCAGAUACAGUCAAGCCUGAGGCAGCACUGACUAUGUAUACUCUGAAGAAGAAAGGUUUAGAGGUCAUCCUCCUGACUGGUGACAACCAGAAGACAGCAACAGCCAUUGCAAAGCAAGUUGGCAUCACCAGAGUCUUUGCUGAAGUCCUUCCUUCCCAUAAGGUAAAGAAAGUGAAGCAAUUGCAAGAGUUGGGACAGAAGGUGGCGAUGGUUGGUGAUGGUGUCAACGACUCCCCAGCAUUGGCUCAGGCUGAUGUCGGUAUUGCUAUAUCAUCUGGUACUGAUGUUGCUGUCGAGGCUGCUGAUGUUGUACUGAUAAGGAAUGACUUGAUAGACGUGAUUGCUUGCUUGGACCUUUCAAAAAAGACAGUGCGCAGAAUCCACCUUAACUUCCUCUUUGCUUCGGUCUACAACUUGGUGGGGAUACCAGUAGCAGCAGGAAUAUUUAGGCCACUAGGAUUUGUAUUACAACCUUGGAUGGGUUCUGCUGCUAUGGCCAUGAGCUCGGUCUCUGUGGUGUUUUCAUCUCUUCUUCUUAAACUGUAUCGUAAACCAACUCGAGAAACUCUUGCAACUCUAGAAUACCAUAAAGCACAGGAGGCUCGCUUAGGUGGACAUGACGACGGUGACAACAUAUCGGUGCAUCGAGGCCUUGACGACAUCCCUGCUCCUGCCACACCUACUUCAGCUCUCUCCAGAGUCAAAAAGAACCUUCAGGGCAUUUACCGGUCAAGGAGACCAGAGUGUCAGUGCGCUGGCAUGAGGUAUGGUGGAAAGUGUUCGUGCAGCUAUACCGAGACCCUGAAAGCCAGGAUAUUUGGAUCUCUGCGAAGACCAGGGAGACAAGGCCACCUUCCAGUUCCAACAGACGAUGACGACUUGGAUUUGGAGCUUAAGUUUAUUUCACCGUGAUAAUUUUUCUUUUCUCUAGUCUUCUUUGACAGCUACUAAUAAUUAUAUAGAAGUUUGGAGCCUAAUUGAAAAAGAUACAAUUUCCCACCGGAUUCUUGUUUUUUUUUAAAUACUAUUGGAAUAGGUUGCCAAAGAAGCUUCAUCAUCACCACGUGCUGCCCCAUGAAAAAUUUAUCCCACAGAAGUGACUGCUAAAAUGUUAAUAUUUUAUUCAGUGUUUUAAAAUGACCAUAAAAAACUACACAGCACAGUUCACUCAUUCCAUAGACUUAAGAUACUGUACAGUAUAUACAUUAUGAUCGUUUGUUUACAGUGAUCCCUGCAAAUGUUUGAAGCUCGGUAGAAGAAAGUCUUGAGAUUAAAGUCAUACAUUUGCACGGCUAACUUCUUCAGGGAAUUAGGAAAUGCUUUUCAGUCCCACCUGUUGUAGGAGUUUUUAAGACAAUAUAUUUGUUUUUAACCGUUGGUAAACAUUCACCAAAUGGACACAGCUCUCGCUUCCUGUCCUAAAGGUCUUUAUCAUGUAAACUAGGGUACCCCGAAUCUAUACUCUGUUGUAAGUAGGUAUAAAGUAUUCAGUUGAGGAAGAGAAGGCAGUUGAGUGCAGUGCCAGCUCCACUGCUUUAUUGUGUAUUGUAUGCCUAGUAUUCACUGUGCUGUAUCAGCACUCCUUAAAUAGACUGUUAGUCCAUGGGGACCAACUUUCACCUACUCGUAAAUUCAACUCCUAAAUAGUUUGUAUAUGAUGGUAGGUGGUGAUGCAUGUUAGUCCCAGUGACAAGCAGGCAUGGUGUUUUGUGGCUGGCUUUAAAAUGUAUUCUUCUAAAGGUAGGUAAACAUUUACAUGCAAUGUUAUAUCAUGCAAUUUACACUACAAUUAAGUAAAUACUUUGGAGGUAGUGAAGAUGGUGUUUGAUGGUUGAGGCAGCAUUCAAGUGGUAUGCAUGGAGGCUGGUUGUAGAUCUUUUGAACAUAUACCAUAUAAUCUCAUCCCUAGUAUGAGUUUUUAAACAAAUAAUUUACCCAUAAAUCAUAGGUAAAUGUUCACAUUCAAUGUAAAUAAAUAACAAGCAAGUUAAUUUUGUGGAUACUUAGGGAUAGCGAUAGAUGGUGGUGGUAAAAUUGGUGGAUAAGUGUAUUGAACAGUGGUCAGCACGUGAGUGACUGUAUUUCCUUUUUCCUUGCAAGUUACAGCACCAAAAAUAGUACACACACACACACAUACCGCACAGAAGCUGUAACUAUAUGUUGCACAGUGCUUGAUGACAAAUCUGGGAAUCCUACCAUAGCAAGACACACAAUGACUGAUGCUGCUCACACCUCCUGGAUGGUGUGUAGGUGUCAAAGAUGGCUGGUAGAAGACAUUACCUGAUUUUCCACUGCAUACCUAUGAUGAUUGCUCAGAUAUCUAGGAAAUGAUUUUCUUUAUUCAAAAUAGGGGGGAACUAAUUUAUCAAACCUAUGUCAUACAUUUAUGGAGGAUCACUGUAUGUAGUUGUUUAUACCAUAUACUACUGUACCAUGUACUUCUAUGACUAGUUUCAUCCUGGGAUGGGAGAAGCUCAUUAUAUAAGUAAUUCAGACCUGCCACUAUACUAACCCAGGCCUUGACUGAGGUCUUAGCUAAGACUGAUAAAGUUCACAUUGUAAUAUGUGUCUGUAUGUCACACACUGCUGUUAUAAUGGGAUUACUUUUUGUUAACUUGACCAGUUUACUGCAUCUGUCUCUUUAACUGAAAUGAAAGUAAGUGAGAUAGUCCACAGAAGCUAAUAAUUUUUCCUGUAAAUCCAUUAAUUUUACGCUAUUUUCUGUUUUUUAUAAAAAUAUCUCAUAGAAUCUUUGGGAACAAAAAGUGCAGUAAUAUUUCAGAAUCUUGGUACUCAACUCGACCAAAUUGCUUUAGUGGGGAUUACUAUAUAUGAAUGUUUCUUCAAAAUAACUUUGCUCAGCUGCUUUAAUAGAUGGCUGUUUCCUCUCCAAGAGGAAUAUGUACCCAGCCUGGGCCCAGGAGAGGUGGGUGGAUAAGAUGUCAGAACUUGAGGCCCCCAUGGGCUGGUCUUUUUUAACAGAAAAGAAAUUGUUUAAAUAAUUUAUCAAUUUAAUUUUUAAUUGGUAUUUAAAAAUAUUUAACGGGGUAUAUUGAUACUAAUAACUAUGAUUUCUUUUUCUUCUAAACUACUUGGAAUUUUAAAUCAAGACUUUUAGAUGAGAAGUAUUUUGAAGUGUUAAUAAGGAAUAUAAGCAUGUAAGUGAGAUAUUAGCCCAAACCUUUAAAAUAAUCAGCAACAAUGUCAAUUUGGGGAGUAGUGUCCAAUUUCUGCUUGUAAGUGGCAUUAAACCACUACUGACAAGUUACGGACCAGAAUAAUGUAACUUAACAUUAUGAAGUUAUUUUUUUAAGUUAGAAUAGAAUGGGGGCUUGGAAUCAGAUUCCUACAAUUCCUCUGUCUGCAUCAAGGUAUAGGAUGUGUUGAUGUGAGAGAAAUGUAUAUUUAUUCACAAAAUGUAAUUUAGAGGAUGAAAGUAAACUGCAUAUUUUUAUACAAGAUGAAAGGAAUUUGAAUGUGGUUUAUAUUUUUAAUCUGAUUUUAUUGAGUACAGUAUAUAUAAACAUUUCACUUUUGUUUAUAGUUUAGGUACUUAAUGCUUCUGUGCAUACAAACCAUAGUUGAUGUAUUUGUGACAGAUUUUAUAAAAAAAAUCAUAUCCAUUACGAUUUUAUUUUAUUUUCUAUACUGUACACUAAUUGAUUGAACUGAAUGAAAGCAGUGGUCAUUCCAGUGGUCAAGAGUUGAAAACAAAUAUCAGUUCCAGAUAAUUUUUUAUGCAGUGUAUUGGUGUGUAAACCUUUUUGACCUCAAAAACACACAAAAUGGUUAACAUUAUUUAACAGUUUUCCAUUUACAUCACAGAUAAAAAUAUUUCCUGGCAUACAGAAUCAUUGGCUUUCCAAUUUGAUUUUAUGAAAUCCUUUAACACAUGUAAUAACAUUUUCCUUUAUUUAAAUCUCUCAACAAAGUAUAUCGUAUCUCUUGUGUUUCUCAGGUAGAAGGGGUUCUUUUACAUUUUUGCCCUGAUCAAUGAGAAGCCAUUAGUACUGUAUAGCUUACCAACUACAUUUAGUAAACUUCAUUUUUUAAUGAUAUUUUCCAUAUACAGUUUAAACAUUCAUUGCUUUCAUCCAUUUAUUUGGUAUAGAUUCACAUUGUCAUGUAGCUGUACAUUUUUUCACCCCUUAUUCAACUGCUGUGUCAUUUCCAUACUUUAUCAGUGCCUGCAUCAAUAUCUUCACCCCUUGAUUUUUCAUGCUUUUAGGUACAUCACUGUUCUUUUUACUUUUCUCAAAUGCCUUCAUCUUCUCAUUAUUUGUAUGGCUCAUCAAAAGAUUUCUGUUGAACCAAUAACUAUAUCUAUUAUUACACCAUAUUAUAAUAAAUACAGUACUUGUACUGUAUUGUGAUACCGCUAUAUACUUUGUGAGUAGACAUGCCGCUUCUUCUGUCCUUCUUUUCUCCCUAUGAUGCACUUUAACUCUUCACAAAGUCUUUCAAUUCUCACAAGUUCACCACCAGCCAGAAUAGUUUAUCUUUGCGAAAAUUAUCAUUUGUCAUCUUUACAUUUACGUUAUUGGACAUCUUUUAUUUUAUUAGAUUAUGAACUGAAAAUUUGGUAGGAGAAACCAUCUGUAAUAUGAUAACACUGAGUAAAAGAUUGGUUCUGAUAUCUCAUUUUAUAAAAAGUAUGUUUUGAGGGUCUAAUAUCCAGGAAACCCUAUUUACAGGGGUAUUAGUGGUUUGGGUUUAUCCUUACAAUUGGUCCUCUUCCCUAUCUUAAUUGUCACCCUAAAAGGGAGGAUAGAAGCAACAGUUGCCCUCACUGACAGUAGAGGCCUGGCAGCUAGUGGAGUCAUGACAUGAGACAGACAGAUACCCCUUACUUUUACAUUAUUCGUGGGUUGGCCAUCUUGCAUGGUUUCCAGUUAAAAUCAUUUGGUUCCAGCCAACUGGGAGGAGGGAAGGGUUCCAAGUCACCAUGGUACUAUCGUGAACAAAAGUUCGCUCCCUGUGGUGAAACCGAGUCGCGGGAAUGAGUCUCCGAACUGACUUACCCUAACUGUCAUUUGGUGCGGGUGUGCUGUUUUAUCUCAUUUGGGUCGAUACUGCUUCAGUUUGGGAGGGAACGAACUUUUGUCCACGAUAGUAUAUAAAGGUUGUCAUGAUAUGGUGUUUCAGGGUCAUUCCUUCAUUUGUUUCAAUUCUCUCUGCCUGGCAACUUGAGUAACUGAAAUUAGCUUAGAAUAUAGAACUUAGACUUUCACAUUUCCCCACUAAUUGCUAGCAGCAUGAGGUCAACCUGACACAGGAGGUGUACUACUAUAAGUAUCCAUAGCCUGGUGCGUCAACAGACCUCAAAAGGGAGGAAACCUAUUAAUAGAAAUAGGCAAUGGAGAAAUAACUUGCACACUUCCUUACAUUGUGCAGUCCCAUAACAUUGUUCAAAAGGACAUCCAAUAAGUGGCUUGGCAGAUGCCCAGAAUCCUUCAGGCAAAAGUGGCUGAAGGGAUGUUCCUUGCAGCAAGACCAGGAAUGUCAUGAUGCUUUAAAGGUAAAGUGCCCAUAAAAUAUAACCCAACAGAGUUCGUCCAAGAAUUAAACUUAGUUAUAACCUAGUUCCUCCAUGUUACUAUUUAUUGUUCACUAUCAAAAUGUUGAAGAAAUAAUCUGAAAUUCAGACUACAGUAUACUGUAUUCAUCCUACCAAGUGAGUAGUGAAAACCACUACUGUAUUAAAUUUCAAGCUUAGAAGUGAAUGUAAUCCAGCCCAAACCAGGAGUCUAAUUCUUGAAAAAGAAUCUGAAAUUUUAUUUGGGUUUAACUUACUCGAGAAAUUGUUCAAAUAAGACAAACUUAUUGUUUGCCUUCAAAGUAAGAAGCUUUAAACACCUUAGUGUAAGAUCAAGGAGGGCAAUGAUUUCUAAAGAAUUGAAUGACUAUUGGUAGUUCAAGAAUAAAGACUUCUGAAGCUCAAUAAACAUUGAGUUCUGUUAACAAGGGCUUCUCUCAAAAUGGUUUUCUUCUGUACAUGUUUAUCACAGUUCAAGCUACUAGAGAAUUGACAGAGAAUUGGAUUCUGGAACUUAAAAAUAAAAAAAAUCAUAAAAGUCAAAACCAUAGAGGCUGCAAAAAGAACAGAAAAAGUAGAAAUUGAAGGUGUAAACAUGUUUGUCUAAUGCCAAGAUUACAAUGGUCUCUUGCCCACCAUUAUUCGUGAGGUUAAUUUUUUUCUACUCCCUUUUACGUUGAUGGUUGGGACACGGAGGUGGAAAAUCCUAAGAUAAAUAUCAGCCAUAAUUGUUAUGGGAUCUCCUGUGUCCUGAACCCCCAAGACUUGUUAAGUGUCUAUAUUACCGAGUUUUGAAGCACAAGUCAUCAAAUCAUAGAAGAGAAUAAAUCUCACAUUCCAGGUCCAUUUUAUCUAUGCUAUGUGAUGUUUGGGGUGUAUGUACUGUACAAGAUAUGAACAUGUUUAUUUUCACUCCACUCUACUAGUUUUCACACAAACUAAGGCAGUAGUCUGACAGACAGGUAAUGUACGUUGAAAAAAUUUAUAUUGUACUGUACUAUGGUUACUUAUACUUUAGAUUCUUAUAUCAAAAUAUUCAUAUAUUGUACUGUAAUAGACACCUAUAAUAAAAUGUGAAAAUAAAA